AUGGACAACAUCUCGGAGUUUCUACAGACCAUUAUACGAUAUAAUAUUGGUUCAACCGUUGCAGCGUACCUUUUUAACACUGGACGUAUUAUAAAAGCAGUAGAAAUCUUUAACGAAUGUUUGGUGCUCCUUAAUGGUAAAGUCCUAGAAACAGUCAAGGAACUUACCACACCACUUGUUAUCUAUGUAUACUAUAAACUUAUUGAUGGGUAUACUCUUAUGUUCGAUCACACCCGUGCGAUAGAAUGUGGUAAAAAGCUUCUCGAGACAAUACACAAUAGUUGCCAAAAAGAACAACGAGGGAUGGUAUUACUUAAACUAGCAAACAUCUACUAUCAACAAAGCAAAUACGAGGAAACAAAACAGUUUUGCGAAGAGGCACUCAGCAUCAUGAUUGAGACUGGAAAUAAUCGCGAAAUUGGAGUAUGUUACGGAAAUCUAGGAACUGUGUUUAUAUCUGUCAGCCAAUAUACCAAGGCUAAAGAAUACCUUCAAAAAUCACUAGUGAUCAGCAAAGAAAUCGGUGACAAAAAAACAGAAGCAGCAGCUUACGGAAAUCUAGGAACUGUGUUUCUUUCUGUUGGUCAAUAUACCAAGGCUAAAGAAUACCUUCAAAAAGCACUAGUCAUCAAGAAAGAAAUCGGUGACAAAAAGGGAGAAGCAACUGUUUACGGAAAACUAGGAACUGCGUUUAAAUCUGUUGGCCAAUAUACCAAGGCUAAAAAUUACCUUCAAAAAGCACUACUGAUUAGCAAAGAAACCGGUGACAAAAAGGGAGAAGCAUCUGCUUACGGAAAUCUAGGAACUGUGUUUCUUUCUGUUGGUCAAUAUAGCGAGGCUGAAGAAUACCUUCAAAAAGCACUAGUGAUCAGAAAAGAAAUCGGUGACAAAGAAGGAGAAGCAUCAAAUUACGGAAAUCUAGGAACUGUGUUCUUAUCUGUUGGUCAAUAUGCCAAGGCUAAAGAAUACCUUCAGAAAGCACUAGUGAUCAGCAAAAAAAUCGGUGACAAAAAGGGAGAAGCAUCUGUUUACGGAAAUCUAGGAACUGUGUUUCUUUCUGUUGGUCAAUAUACCGAGGCUGAAGAAUACCUUCAAAAAGCACUCGUAAUCAGGAAAGAAAUCGGUGACAAAGAAGGAGAAGCAUCAAAUUACGGAAAUCUAGGAGCUGUGUUCUCAUCUGUUGGUAAAUAUACCAAGGCUAAAGAAUACCUUCAGAAAGCACUAGUAAUAAGCAAAGAAAUCGGUGACAAAAAAGGAGAAGCAUCUUUUUACGGAAAUCUGGGAACUGUGUUUCGAUCUGUUGGUCAAUAUACCGCGGCUGAAGAAUACCUUCAAAAAGCACUAGUAAUCAGGAAAGAAAUCGGUGACAAAGAAGGAGAAGCAUCAAAUUACGGAAAUCUAGGAUCUGUGUUCUCAUCUGUUGGUCAAUAUACUAAGGCUGAAGAAUACCUUCAGAAAGCACUAGUAAUAAGGCAAGAAAUCGGUGACAAAAAAGGAGAAGCAACAGAUUACGGAAAUUUAGGAGCUGUGUUCUUAGCUGUUGGUCAAUAUACCAAGGCUGAAGAAUACCUUCAGAAAGCACUAGUCACCAGCAAAGAAAUCGGUGACAAAAAAGAACAAGCAUCCGCUUACAGAAAUCUAGGAACUGUGUUUCUCCCUGUUGGUCAAUAUACCAAGGCUGAAGAAUACCUUCAAAAAGCGAUAGUAAUCAGCAAAGAAAUCGGUGACAAAAAAGAAGAAGCAUCUGCUUACGGAAAUCUAGGAACUGUAUUUAAAUCUGUUGGUCAAUAUACCAAGGCUGAAGAAUUCCUUCAGAAAGCACUAAAGAUCAGGAAAGAAAUCGGUGACAAAGAAGGAGAAGCAGCUGCUUACGAAAAUCUAGGAGCUGUGUUCUCAUCUGUUAGUCAAUAUAUCAAGGCUGAAGAAUACCUUCAGAAAGCACUAGUGAUCAGGAAAGAAAUCGGUGACAAAGAAGGAGAAGCAUCAGAUUACGGAAAUCUAGGAACUGUGUUUCGAUCCGUCGGUCAAUAUACCAAGGCACAAGAAUACCUUCAGAAAGCACUAGUGAUGAAGAAAGAAAUCGGUGACAAAAAGGGAGAAGCAGCAGAUUAUGGAAAUCUAGGAAGUGUGUUUCUUUCUGUUGGUCAAUAUUCCAAGGCUGAAGAAUGCCUUCAAAAAGCACAGGUGAUCAGCAAAGAAAUCGGUGACAAAAAGGAAGAGGCAUCCGCUUACGGAAGUCUAGGUACUGUGUUUCGAUCUGUUGGUCAAUAUACCAAGGCAGAAGAAUACCUUGAGAAAGCACUAGUGAUCAGCAAAGAAAUCGAUGACAAAAACGGAGAAGCAUUUGCUUCCGGAAGUCUAGGUACUGUGUUUCGAUCUCUUGGUCAAUAUACCAAGGCUCAAGAAUACCUUCAAAAAGCACUAGUGAUCAGCAAAACAAUCGGUGACAAAGAAGGAGAAGCAUCAUAUUACGAAAAUCUAGCUACUGUGUUUGUUUCUGUUGGUCAAUGUACCAAGGCUGACGAAUACCUUCAAAACGCACUAGUAAUCAGGGAAGAAAUCCUUGACAAAAAAGCAGAAUUAUCUGCUUACGGAAAUCUAGGAACUGUGUUUCGAUCUGUUGGUCAAUAUACCAAGGCUGAAGAAUACCUUCAAAAAGCACUAGUGAUCAGCAAAGAAAUCAAUGACAGAAACGGAGAAGCAGCAGCUUACGGAAAUCUCGGAACUGUGUUUCUUUCUUUUGGUCAAUAUCCUAAGGCUGAAGAAUACCUUCAAAAAGCACUGGUAAUCAGGAAAGAAAUCGGUGACAAACAAGGAGAAGCAUCAAAUUACGGAAAUCUAGGAACCGUGUUUCGAUCUGUUGGUCAAUAUACCAAGGCUGAAGAAUACCUUCAAAAAGCACUAGUGAUCAGCAAAGAAAUUGGAGACAAAGAAACAGAAGCAGCAGCUUACGGAAAUCUAGGAACUGUGUUUCUUUCUGUUGGUCAAUAUACCAAGGCUGAAGAAUACCUUCAAAAAGGACUGGUGAUUAGCAAACAAAUCGGUGACCAAAAGGGAGAAGCAUCUGCUUACGGAAAUUUAGGAACUGUGUCUCGAUCUUUUGGUCAAUAUACCAAGGCUGAAGAAUACCUUCAAAAAGCACUGGUGAUCAGCAAAGAAAUCGGUGACAAAGAAGAAGAAGCAUCAAAUUACGGAAAUCUAGGAACUGUAUUUCUACUUGUUAGUCAAUAUACCAAGGCUAAAGAGUACCUUCAAAAAGCACUGGUGAUCAGCAAAGAAAUCGGUGAUAAAAAAACAGAAGGAUCUGCCUACGGAAAUCUAGGAACUGUAUUUCGAUCUGUUGGUCAAUAUACCAAGGCUGAAGAAUACAUUCAGAAAGCACUAGUGAUUAGCAAAGAAAUCGGUGACAAAGGAGGAGAAGCAUCAAAUUACGGAAAUCUAGGAUCUGUGUUCUCAUCUGUUGGUCAAUAUACCAAGGCUGAAGAAUACCUUCAGAAAGCACUAGUGAUAAAGCAAGAAAUCGGUGACAAAAAAGGAGAAGCAACAGAUUACGGAAAUCUAGGAACUGUGCUUCUGUCUGUUGGUCAAUAUACCAGGGCAGAAGAAUACCUUCAGAAAGCACUAGUGAUCAGGAAAGAAAUCGGUGACAAAGAAGGAGAAGCAUCAGAUUACGGAAAUCUAGGAAAUGUGUUCCGAUCCGUCGGACAAUAUAACAAGGCAGAAGAAUACCUUCAGAAAGCACUAGUGAUGAAGAAAGAAAUCGGUGACAAAAAGGGAGAAGCAGCAGAUUAUGGAAAUCUGGGAAGUGUGUUUCUUUCUGUUGGUCAAUAUUCCAAGGCUGAAGAAUACCUUCACAAAGCACUAGUGAUCAGCGAAGAAAUCGGUGACAGAAAAGGAGAAGCAUCAAAUUACGGAAAUCUAGGAACUGUGUUUCAAUCUGUUGGUCAAUAUACCAAGGCAGAAGAACACUUUGAGAAAGCACUAGUAAUUCAGAAAAAAAUCGGUGACAAAAAAGGAGAAACCUCUGCUUACGGAAAUCUAGGAAUUGUGUUUCUUUGUGUCGGUCAAUAUACUAAGGCUAAAGAAUACCUUCAAAAAGCACUAGUGAUCAGCGAAGAAAUCGGUGACAAAGAAGGAGAAGUAUCAAACUAUGGAAAUCUAGGAACUUUUUUUCAAUAUGUUGGUCAAUAUACCAAGGCUGAAGAGUACCUUCAAAGAGCACUAGUGAUCAGCCAAGAAAUUGGUGCCAAAAAAAAAGAAGCAUCUGCUUACGGAAAUCUAGGAACUGUGUUUCUUGAUGUUGGUCAAUAUACCAAGGCUGAAGAAUACCUUCAAAAAGCACUAGUGAUCAGGAAAGAAAUUGGUGACAAAGAAGGAGAAGCAGUAGAUUACGGAAAUCUAGGAAAUAAGUUUCAAUCUGUUGGUCAAUAUGCCAAAGCUGAAGAAUACCUUCAGAAAGCGCUAGGGAUCAAGAAAGAAAUCGGUGACAAACGUGGAGAAUCAACUGUUUGCUUAAAUCUAGGAAAUGUGUGCCGUUCUGUUGGUCAAUAUACCAAGGCCGAAGAAUACCUUCAAAAAGCACUCACGAUCAAAGAAGAAAUCGGAGACAAAGCUGGUGUUGGAGCUUCAUACUUAUAUCUGGGAAUACUAUGUCGAGAAUUUCAGCUUGAUGCAAAAAGUCAAGAAUUUGCUUAUAAAGCACUUGAGAUAAGCUAUGAAAUAGGAGACAUUGAAAUGCAGUUUAAAAGCCACCUUACAAUUGCUCUGAACGCGUUAGUGGCAGGAAGAAGCAUAACUGAACUUGUGCGAAAUCUGUAUCAAAGCAUUCAGAAGUGCGAAGAAAUGCAUGAUUUUUUAAGAGUCAAAGAUCAAUUCAAAAUUUCUUUUUUUGAUGAGCAUGUGUCCCCAUACCUUCUUCUUUGUAGGUUGCUGCUUGUUACAGGCAGUUAUUAUGAAGCUCUUUACGUUGCCGAGCUUGGACGGUCCAGAGCACUGACCGACGUACUCUCAGAUACGUACUCUGUGGAAAAAGGGAUAUCAUUUAACCCACCAUCAUGGAUUGGUAUUGAGAACAUCAUGAACAAAAAUGCACUUAGUUCUUGUCUUUAUGUUUCCUGCUUCGGUGAUAGGAUGUACUUUUGGAUCGUCAAGCCAAACAAAAUUAUAGUUUUUCGACAAACGAGACUCAAAGAAAGUGCAGAUGAAGUGUUUAAAAAUGAUAAAUCUGGCGUCUUUCUCGAUUUACGUCGAGGCCAAUGCGAAGAUCGAUCAUUAUUUUCAUGUGUAAACUCCCCGCCAUCAUGCAAACCAUCUCAGGGUGACAGCUUCGAAUCGUUGCGUCUUAUAGAAGAAGAGGAAGACGAAAUUCGCGACUCUAAACUUUUAACCCUCACUGAUGGUUACAACAUGAUAGUCGCUCCUGUAGCUGACUUACUCCAAGAAUCAGAAAUCAUUAUUGUACCGGAUAACUUGUUGUAUCCAAUUCCUUUUACUGCUUUAAUGGAUGAUAAUGGAAAGUAUUUAUCGGAUACUUUCAGGAUUCGUAUUGUCCCUUCCUUGACGACUCUUAAGUUGAUUCAGCUCAGCCCAGAAGACUACCAUAGUAAAACCGGUGCACUGAUCGUAGGAGAGCCAGACGUUAGUGAUGUAUAUUACCAAGGAAACCUUCUGCAGUUAAACUCACUGCCUUGGGCGAGAGAAGAAGCAGAGAUGAUUGGGCGACUGCUCGGUGUUCAACCGUUGCUUGGAAGGAAUGCAAAUAAGCAGGCAGUCCUGGAAAGCAUGCAUUCAGUAAGUCUCAUUCACUUCGCUGCUCAUGGUUAUGCUGAACGUGGAGAAAUAGCUCUUUCCCCUAUAAGCUCCUGCGGAACUCCACACGAAGAAGACUACUUAUUGACGAUGGCUGAAAUUUCACAAGUUCGACUAACAGCCAAGCUGGUUGUCCUUAGCUGCUGUCAUAGUGCACGUGGUCAGGUAAGGGCUGAGGGAAUUGUUGGAAUCGCUCGAGCAUUUCUAGCAUCGGGUGCACGCGCCGUGUUGGCGGCACUGUGGGCUGUAGAGGACGAAGCUACUAUGUGGUUUAUGAAUCGUUUUUACCAGCACCUUGUUCAUGGUGAAAGUGCCAGUGAAUCUCUUUACCAGGCCAUGAAAUCGAUGAGAGAAAAUCGCUUUUCUGACGUCGAGCAGUGGGCACCCUUCAUGCUGAUCGGAGAUGAUGUAACAUUCAAAGGUUUGUAUUUGAUAUUUAUAAUUUUUAGGUUUUUCUAGCUGUUUUUAGUCAAAAUAUGUGAAAUGAAUGUUCGUGACAACACAUUAUUUCAAAAAAAAUAUUUUUAAGGGAGUUAUACUGAGUCUUGUUUUAUUGUUUUUUCCAACCCUGUUCAUGAAAAUGAGGCAACUGGAGAGAAGGCCGAAUUUUAUUUUCCGAUUUUCAUUGAAUAUUUCGUAAAGCAUGCAUGCUCGGAUCCAAAAUAACUAACUAAAAUAAAAAUGUAGAAAACGAUAGUUGAGAUUACAAAGAGCAUACGAAAACAAGUUGACUCAUAGAGAAGAGAAGUAAGUGGCUGACAAACAAACUUUUUCUUAAGGUUGUACCUGAUGAAAAAAAAAAACGUCGACUAUUCCAAUACAACUUUCCUGAAUUUUUAGCAUAUUAAUAAUUUCCUCAAAGUGUAAAGGUUUGCUAUUUGUUUGACUUUGAAAAAAAAACCUGUGUUAGACAUAUUAUAGGUAAACAUUUAGCGCAACGAGCAACAGAAGCAUGUUGAUCGAUGUCUAAAAUAAAUCGUGCAAAGAAUGAGAAUACUUUCGAAAGGGAACCGUGAUGAUUAGUUUUUCUAUUUGCAGGUGCAUUUGAUAAGAGCAGAUCGAAAGAUGGCGAAGGUGCAACGGAAACAAAGAACUUGUAAACUGAGAGCAAACAUGUCGUUUAAGGUGACAACUACUGUCACAGCUGUACAUAAAUGUAUAUACCCAGGAUCUCAAUGAAGUAGUCUUGUCUGAGACCCGCAAAGAGAAAAGGU